AUGUUAAUCAAAUUGGAGGGUGAGACGGCGUCAGAUGUUGGCGUCUUCCUCGAAAUCGUGCAUCCAGGCGGAAAGAAGGAAGUGACAGAGAAGAGCUGCGGCACAAUGAUGCGCUACUCGGACAUAUGGGAUAUUCCAAUGCUGCGGCAGAAAUGCCACGAAUUCUUAUUGUUCCGUUUUCCACGACUCCGCCCCACAUUUGAAACAACAUUUUCGCUGUUGGAAACCGCUUACACACAUGGAUUCGAACGUAGUUCAGAGCAAUUGAUCUCACGUCUGGCCGGUUUCGGUCAAGUUUUCCUCGAUCAACAGGGAAUGCUGCACAAAGUGAGCAGUCCAGUUAUCUCAGACUCUCGUACUGUGGCCGCGCUAUUUUCAGCUGCUCCCAAGGAGAGGAUUGUUGUGAAGAAAUUUGCGCACAGUUUGUCAUCUAUCGCGAACAAAGCCACCCGAGAAUGCGUGAUCCUGCAGUGCACGAAUCGUCCCAGUCAUGUCUUCGAUUUGUAA